AUGGCAGACUCUAAACGGAGGCAACCUGUCGUGAACGAGUUCCUCGCCUUUCUUCAAGAAAGAGAUAAGCUCAUUCUGGAAGGGGCGAUGGAUGCGGUGAAUGCUGUCCAGAUGAAUUCGCGUGCAUCAAGGUUCACUGUCGAAGACAUCUGCGAAGCAAAGAGAGUGUUGUGCGAGUCCCUAGGAAUCGCCGGCACCUACGUUCCUCACCGGAGAGGAGAUGAAACCGGGAAGAAGAGCCUUGAAGACAUUAUGAAGAUCUUCAAGGAGUACAAGGACCGAAUUCCGGAGUUUGUGGCGACAGAUAUCUCCAUCAUUCCGUCGUGCGAUCCGGAUGACGUCAACGUUCGCAGCUUGUUAAGGGAAAUCGUGGCCCUAAAAACAAGUUUAGCUGUAGUUAUUACUAGGUUUGAAACCAGCUUGCAAACAAUCGCCGAGUUACGUGACGAAAUUAGUUGUUUACGUAAUGCUCCUGCUCGGUCAGCGGUUUCAGACCUGACGUCCGAUCAUCGACCUGACAACACUAGUGUCGAGUCAGGUAGUUUGCGCGUUGACACAAUUAAAAAUGUCGCACGCGCCGCUCCGCCGCCCGCGCGCCCCCCGCGCGUGCGGCCGCCUCCCCCCCUCACGUCGAGCUCACGUCAGCCGGCAUAUGCUGAUGUAGCCGCCCUAGCCGGUCAACGCAACGCCGCAGCGAACCAGGUCAGCGCACCUGCAAAGGUGUGUGAAGAACGGGCUCCAAUCAAGGAGAAGUCCUCCCGUGCCGAUGUGGAUAAGGAGGGUGCAUCAUGCCUCACCCAAGUCUUCUCUCAAUCCAUCUUCAACGCAGCAUCAGGUCUGCUCCGAGACGCCAACAAACUGUACUACGGGGAGCCUCCUGACGCUGAACUUCUGUUCUCGGAGUAUGACUUCGUGAUUGUUGGAGCUGGGACCGCUGGAUGUCUGCUGAGUAACCGGCUGACAGAACUUGAGCAGUUCAAGGUCUUGCUAAUAGAAGCUGGUGACAGCGAGCAGCUCUACAUGGAUAUCCCCGUGAUAGCCACUAUGCUACAGUUCACCAACGCCAAUUGGGACUACAGACCCCAGCCUCAGAAAGCCGGUUGCCUAGGUAUGCGCGAGGGCCGCUGCUCUUGGCCCCGUGGGCGCGUGGUUGGCGGUUCAUCCGUGCUGCAUUCCAUGAUGCACACCAGAGGCAACCGGCAGGAUUAUGACCGCUGGGCAGCCUUAGGAAAUCCAGGAUGGGAUUAUGCCACAGUGUUAAAAUAUUUCAAGAGAUUCGAAAACAUCCAAGUACCAGAAUUGAGGAAAGACACAGUUUAUCACUCCACCGAAGGAGAGUUACAUCUACAACACCCUCAGUGGAGAACCCCGCUCUCCGACGCGUUUCUUCAAGCAGGAGUUGAAACUGGAGGGAAGAUUGUAGACUACAAUGGGGAAAAGCAGAUAGGGUACUCAAUCAUACAGUUCACAAUGUUAAAUGGAACACGAAUGAGUGCAAGUCGGGCUUUUCUGCACCCUAUCAAGUAUAGACCCAAUUUCCACAUAGUUAAGAACGCAAUGGUCACAAGAGUCUUAAUAGAUCCUCUGACUGGAAGAGCAUAUGGUGUCAAAUUCCAUAAAGGUGGACAAAGGUACACGGUAACGGCAACAAAGGAGGUCAUCCUAUCCGCUGGUGCCAUCAAUACUCCUCAAUUAUUAAUGCUCAGUGGAAUCGGACCAAAGGAACACUUAACGAAAAUGAACAUAAAUACAUUCGUAGAUUUACCCGUCGGCUACAACCUUCAAGACCAUUGGGCUUUAGGAGGCUUGACAUUUCUUAUCAACACCACAGCUUCUAUAAGAUACGAAAGGGUUGCCACUAUCAAUAAUAUCCUAGGAUACUUAACGGAUCACAGUGGACCGUUAUCAGCUCCAACUGGUACUGAAGCUCUAGCUUUCAUAGACACUAAAAACCCUGACAACCCUGAUGGUUACCCAGACUUGGAACUGCUUUUCGUAGCAGGAUCUUUAGUCAGUCAACCAACAUACAAAACUGCCUUUAAAAUUGAUGACCACAUAUACAAUACAGUUUAUGAACCGAUAAAAACUCGUGACACAUGGAUGGUGUUUCCAAUGAUUCUCCUCCCCGAAUCCAAAGGACGAAUAAUGUUGAAAAAUAAGAACCCGUAUACAAAGCCGCUGAUAUACGCUAAUUAUUUCACAGACAACGGUCACGAUCAAAAGGUAAUUCUACAUGGUAUAAGAAAAGUAAUAGAGCUAUCAAAGACAAGCGCUUUUCAAAAAUAUGGCAGCAAACUUCACGACAUACCUUUACCAAACUGCGCGCAUCACGGUUUCAACUCUGACGAGUAUUGGUUCUGCGCUAUGAAGACUAUAACCAACACUAUAUACCACCACUGUGGGACAGCUAAGAUGGGGCCCAGACAUGACCCAGGGGCAGUAGUGGACCCAAGACUCAGGGUGUACGGUAUAAAAGGGCUAAGGGUGGUAGAUGCUAGUGUGAUGCCAUUUGUGCCGGCAGCUCAUACGAAUGCUCCAACGAUGAUGAUAGCUGAAAAGGCUGCUGAUAUGAUUAAGGAAGAUUGGGGGAUCCGGGUUUGAGUGGAGGGUCACUGAAUUCUUCGGCAUUCAAAAAAAUCCCAUUUGAAUUAUG